CGGACCCUCGAUGGUACAUCUUUCACCAUGGUUGAGUUGCGUAGUGGUAAGAGUACUAUCCCUUACACCCAGGCUCAGAAAGAGCAAGCCGCCGCCGUACUUAAAGAGAGAAAGGAGAAAGAGGCUAAGAGGGAGUUGAUCAGGCAGGCCAAGAAGAUGGCCUUACUGAAGGGGCAGACGACAAAGAAGAAGAAGUUGGAGGAGGAAAUGGAGAGAUUGCAGAAGGAGGAAGAGAAGUUGAAGGCAGUAGACGAGGAAGAGAUAGAAGUGGGAGAAGAAAAGGAAGAGUCCCUGAUCAAUAGAAGCACCAAGGAAAAAGGGGAACCCAGUGGCACGAAGGAGGACUCAUGGACCUAUUCUGGGUUGAGACCACAGGACCGAUUCUGGGUUGAGACCACAGGACCGAUUCUUUGUUUGAGAGCAGGACCGAUUCUUUGUUUGAGACCAGGACUGUUCCUUGUGAUUGACAAGGGGCCAGAAGAUUUUUGGUGUCAGCAGAUGUGUAGAAGGCAAGAGGAGCGGCUCCUCGUCGUGUCCAGGACUGUUGCUUGGUGUGAGAGCAGGGACGAACUGGCCGUCUUGUCCACGACCGCAUCUUGGUGUGCGAGCAGGAUGGACUCUUCAUAUUUUGCAGGACUGCUGCUUGGUGUGCGAGCAGGAGCGGUUCUUCGUCUUGUGCGGGACUGCUGCUGGGAGUGGACAAGGUUGCGCAGGGUUUCCGUGUCAUCGGGGCGUAGAGCGCUGCUCGAUCCUGAAACUUUGUUUCGAUGUUUGACUUGAUGAUAAUUACCAGUACUUAGUUCGAUGAUUCUUUCGACGCGAGGCCUUGUACAUCCUGGACUGGAAUCUGAACAGAAAACUUUUAGAGUCUAAAUUUGGAGUCUAAAGUGAAGUGCAAGGAGUCCUGGCACAUUGAAAUUGAUUGAAAUUGUGGGCCUGAAUUUUACUGCUUGCUGCCACUAAAUUAGCAGUUUAGGGUUUAAGUGUUUCUCUGGCUGGUAGUCUCCAUUUAUCGUGGAAAUUUUCGAAGAGACAUAUGUGUAGCUUUCCAAAUCGGGAAAGAGGGUGCUUCCACUGCAGCUUCCCAGAAAAGAGGAUCUUCGCAUUGCUAUCCAAAUUGGAAAGACGUGCCUUCACAUCUGGUUGGUCUUUUUUGUUACAUACACAUCAUACACAUCUGGUGAGCACAUGGUGUUGCUGGUGGUGGUCCCCAUCUCAUGCUAAUCGUUAACCCUCGGCCAUCGUUCCCAGCUUAUGGCUUUCACAAGGAAACAAUGUUUUUUAUCGUUUGCUUCGCAAAGUGCACUCUUUAAGUUUGAUAGAUAUGUGACAAUUAUACAAUAUAUGUAUAGAUAUAUAGAUAUUGAUAUUGAUAUUGAUAUUGAUAUAGAUAUAGAUAUAGAUAUAGAUAUACAGGGCAGUGAUGGCAUUCGGGGAUGCGGGCAGUUCGCUCUCAACUUCAUCAACGUGGCGAGCCUUGUACGUGAGAGGCAUAGUGAAGGGGGAGUUAAAAUAAGAAUGAUAAAAAUGAUUGCUUUCAGUGUGCUCUUCAUGUUUGCCUUGUGUAUUUUUUUAUCGUUUGUUAUCGUAAAGUAUGCUCUUUUAGUACAUAGGUAUGUGCCAAUAUAUAGACACAUAGAUCGAUCAGCUCUAACAUCACUUUAUGAGGAGGGAAGCGGAGUAUUGCUCCUCUUGACCAGGUGCCCUGGACCUUUGCCGCGUGGGAAAAUAGCGGGCCUCGGUUGGUCCUCUGACUUUUUCGGAGGCUGAAACGAAGUGACAACCGCCGAUCAGAUUUAUCAAUGGCAGUCGUCGUCGGGCCCGACCUCCGAAUCUUUAGGAGUUUGGGAAAACUGCCACUUUUCCCUAUGUUCCCAACACUGGCGGAGGUACUAGUGGUUUAAUCAACCAUCGUGAUCAUG